UGUAUUGUGUAGAUAUAAGUUAUAAUAUAAUUAGAUGCAAAUUCUUACGUAAAAAAAUUCGUAAAUAUACAAUGAACAACAUAUAUUGCAUGUACAAUUGUGCGAUUCUCUGACUUUAUUCAUAGUAAAGAGUGGGGGAUAAAAAUUGAAGAAAGGAAGAAAUGUUGUUCGAGAAAUUUAUUAUAAAAUUGAGUUAUCUGCUUUUAUACUAAUGAAAAUUUAAAUUAAUAUAAUAACAAUAAUUAUUAUUAUUCAAUAUUCUAUUAUGUAUUUUAUAUAUCGUUACUAUUUUGAUGUGUUUACAAACGUUUAGUAAUAUCAGAAUAUAGGAUCGAUCGGAACACUUUUGUACUUAAGGAACUAUUUUUAGACAGAGGGGCGGUCAUUGGCGGCCAUGAUGGGUGUCAGCGGCAAGUAGUGACGGCAUUCACUUUGCGUCAGUUGGUUUUGUGCGCUGAUAGUUGGACUGAGGUUUUUUGAUUGAGAAGCGCACCAUAAGCCAAAACAGUUGUACAUAAGAAAUAGACAGCCGCGAUAGAUUUUUAAUUAGGUAACCGCGGCUGGAAAACCUCGAAAAAUUUUGAAAAACAUCAGAAAAAUGACGCAGUUACUACCCAUAAGGUUUCAAGAACAUCUCCAGCUUACAGCUGUUGGGAUUAAUGCUAAUAAUGUUAGCUUUAAUACACUUACAAUGGAAUCUGAUAAAUUUAUUUGUGUUCGAGAAAAAGUUGGCGAUACUGCACAAGUAGUUAUUAUUGACAUGAAUGAUUCUGCGAAUCCUAUCAGAAGACCUAUUUCUGCAGAUUCUGCAAUUAUGAAUCCUGCGAGUAAAGUAAUUGCUUUAAAAGCAAUGAAAACUCUUCAGAUUUUUAAUAUAGAAAUGAAAUCAAAAAUGAAAGCUCAUACAAUGACAGAAGAUGUAGUAUUCUGGAAAUGGAUAUCUUUAAAUACUUUGGCAUUGGUAACAGAGACUGCAGUUUAUCAUUGGUCGAUGGAAGGAGAAUCAACUCCGAAUAAAAUGUUUGACCGACAUUCUUCAUUAAAUGGCUGUCAAAUAAUUAAUUAUAGAACUGAUCCAAAACAAACAUGGUUAUUAUUAAUUGGUAUUUCUGCUCAGCACAAUAGAGUGGUUGGUGCUAUGCAACUUUAUUCUGUUGAAAGAAAAUGUUCUCAACCAAUUGAAGGGCAUGCUGCUUCUUUUGCCCAAUUUAAAAUGGAAGGAAAUGCAGAACCGAGUAAUUUAUUUUGUUUUGCUGUUAGGACAGUACAAGGUGCAAAACUUCAUAUUAUUGAAGUAGGUCAACCUCCUGCUGGUAAUCAUCCUUUUCCAAAGAAAGCAGUAGAUGUUUUUUUUCCACCAGAAGCUGGAAAUGAUUUUCCUGUUGCUAUGCAAGUUAGCUCAAAAUAUGAUGUUAUAUAUUUAAUAACAAAAUAUGGAUAUAUACAUAUGUAUGAUAUUGAAUCUGCUACAUGUAUAUUUAUGAAUCGCAUAUCUGGCGAAACUAUUUUUGUUACUGCACCACAUGAAGCAUCUGGUGGUAUAAUAGGAGUAAAUCGGAAAGGUCAAGUAUUAUCUGUAUCUGUUGAUGAAGAAAACAUAAUUCCAUAUAUAAAUGGAGUAUUACAAAAUUCUGAACUUGCAUUACGAAUGGCUGUAAGAAAUAAUUUGUCAGGAGCUGAAGAUUUAUUUGUAAGGAAAUUUAAUUUACUUUUUCAAAAUGGUCAAUAUGCAGAAGCAGCCAAAGUUGCAGCAAAUGCUCCAAAAGGAAUACUUCGAACUCCAGCAACUAUUCAACGAUUCCAACAGGUACCAACUACGCAAGGACAAACAUCGCCUUUGUUGCAAUAUUUUGGAAUACUUCUAGAUCAAGGACAAUUAAAUAAAUAUGAAUCUUUGGAAUUAUGUCGUCCAGUGCUUGUACAAGGUCGUAAACAACUUCUUGAAAAAUGGUUAAAAGAAGAUAAAUUAGAAUGUAGUGAAGAAUUGGGUGAUUUAGUGAAACAAGCUGAUCCAACUUUAGCUCUUAGUGUUUAUUUAAGAGCUAACGUCCCUAAUAAAGUUAUACAAUGUUUUGCAGAAACUGGUCAAUUCCAAAAAAUUGUAUUGUAUGCUAAGAAAGUUUCGUAUACUCCUGAUUAUAUAUUUUUGUUAAGAAAUGUCAUGAGAAUUAAUCCAGAUCAAGGUGUAGCAUUUGCCCAGAUGUUAGUUCAAGACGAUGAACCUUUAGCUGAUAUUAAUCAAAUUGUGGAUAUAUUCAUGGAACAAAAUAUGGUUCAACAAUGUACAGCAUUUUUAUUAGAUGCUUUGAAAAAUAAUCGACCAAGUGAAGGAGCUUUACAAACACGACUUUUAGAAAUGAAUCUAAUGUCUGCUCCACAAGUUGCUGAUGCAAUUUUAGGAAAUCAAAUGUUUACUCAUUAUGAUAGAGCCCAUAUUGCACAAUUAUGUGAAAAAGCUGGUUUAUUACAACGUGCUUUGGAACAUUACACUGAUUUGUAUGAUAUUAAGAGAGCUGUAGUACAUACCCAUUUACUUUCUCCAGAUUGGCUCGUUGGAUUUUUUGGAACAUUAUCGGUUGAAGAUUCUUUGGAGUGUUUGAAAGCAAUGUUAACUGCUAAUAUAAGACAGAAUUUACAAAUUUGUAUUCAAAUAGCAACAAAAUAUCAUGAACAGUUAACUACUAAAGCAUUAAUAGAUUUAUUUGAAAGUUUUAAAUCAUAUGAAGGAUUGUUUUAUUUUUUGGGAUCCAUUGUUAAUUUCAGUCAAGAUCAAGAAGUACAUUUUAAAUAUAUUCAAGCAGCUUGUAAAACUGGCCAAAUUAAAGAAGUUGAACGAAUUUGUAGAGAAAGUAACUGUUACAAUCCGGAACGUGUAAAAAAUUUCCUUAAAGAAGCAAAAUUAUCUGAUCAAUUACCUUUGAUCAUUGUUUGUGAUCGAUUUGAUUUUGUACAUGAUCUUGUACUAUAUCUCUAUCGAAAUAAUUUACAAAAAUACAUCGAAAUUUACGUUCAGAAAGUAAAUCCUUCGCGUCUACCUGUUGUAGUCGGUGGUUUAUUGGAUGUAGAUUGUUCAGAAGAUAUAAUAAAAAAUUUAAUUCUUGUGGUACGUGGCCAAUUCUCUACUGACGAACUUGUAGAAGAAGUUGAAAAAAGAAAUCGUCUAAAACUCUUACUUCCUUGGCUGGAAUCUCGUGUUCAUGAAGGUUGCGUUGAACCGGCAACGCAUAAUGCAUUAGCAAAAAUAUACAUUGACAGUAAUAAUAAUCCAGAAAGGUUCCUUAAAGAGAAUCAGUUUUAUGACAGUAGAGUAGUAGGAAAAUAUUGUGAAAAACGUGAUCCACAUUUAGCAUGUAUUGCAUAUGAGCGUGGUCAGUGUGAUCGGGAAUUAAUAAGCGUAUGUAACGAAAAUAGUCUUUUUAAAAGUGAAGCUAGAUAUUUGGUAAGACGUAGAGAUCCAGAUUUAUGGGCUGAAGUUCUCCUUGAAAGUAAUCCUUAUAAAAGACCAUUGAUCGAUCAGGUUGUACAAACAGCUUUAUCAGAAACACAAGAUCCUGAAGAUAUAUCAGUUACUGUUAAAGCAUUUAUGACCGCUGAUUUACCUAAUGAAUUAAUUGAACUUCUUGAAAAAAUUGUACUUGAUAGCAGCGUAUUUAGUGAUCAUCGUAAUUUACAAAAUCUUUUAAUUUUGACGGCAAUAAAAGCUGAUCGUACGAGAGUUAUGGAGUAUAUAAACCGACUGGAUAAUUAUGAUGCUCCUGAUAUUGCUAAUAUUGCUAUCAAUAAUGAAUUAUAUGAAGAAGCUUUUGCUAUCUUUAAAAAAUUUGAUGUGAAUACAUCUGCUAUUCAAGUUUUAAUUGAGCAAGUGAAUAAUUUGGAUAGAGCUUAUGAAUUUGCUGAAAGAUGUAAUGAACCACCUGUAUGGUCUCAAUUAGCCAGAGCACAAUUGCAACAAGGUUUAGUUAAAGAAGCUAUAGAUAGUUUUAUUAAAGCAGAUGAUCCAUCAGCAUAUGUAGAUGUAGUAGAAACUGCUCAUCGAACUUCUCAUUGGGAGGAUUUAGUUCGCUAUUUACAAAUGGCUCGUAAAAAAGCACGUGAAUCUUUCAUUGAAAGUGAAUUAAUUUAUGCAUAUGCAAGAACAAAUAGACUUGCAGAUCUUGAAGAAUUUAUUUCUGGUCCUAAUCAUGCUGAUAUACAAAAGAUCGGUGAUAGAUGUUUCGAUGAUAAAAUGUACGAUGCUGCUAAACUUUUAUACAACAAUGUAUCGAAUUUUGCACGACUAGCCAUUACACUUGUUCACUUAAAAGAAUUUCAAGGUGCCGUUGAUAGUGCUCGCAAAGCAAAUUCAACUCGUACAUGGAAGGAAGUUUGUUUCGCUUGUGUGGAUAGUGGAGAAUUUAGAUUAGCACAAAUGUGUGGAUUGCAUAUAGUCGUACAUGCUGAUGAACUAGAAGAUUUAAUCAAUUACUAUCAAGAUCGAGGGCAUUUUGAGGAACUUAUUAAUUUGUUAGAAGCUGCAUUAGGGCUUGAAAGAGCACAUAUGGGAAUGUUUACUGAAUUAGCUAUACUUUAUAGCAAGUAUAAACCUCAAAGAAUGAGAGAACAUCUUGAACUUUUUUGGUCUCGAGUUAAUAUACCAAAGGUACUUCGUGCUGCAGAGCAAGCACAUUUGUGGGCAGAACUUGUAUUUUUAUAUGAUAAAUAUGAAGAAUAUGACAAUGCAGUUCUUGCAAUGAUGCAACAUCCUACUGAGGCAUGGAGAGAAGGUCAUUUUAAAGAUGUAAUUACUAAAGUGGCAAAUGUUGAACUUUAUUAUAAAGCUAUACAAUUUUAUGUUGAAUAUAAACCUUUACUUUUGAAUGAUAUAUUACUUGUACUUGCUCCACGCAUGGAUCAUACGAGAGCAGUUGCAUAUUUCAAAAGAACAGGACAUUUACAACUUGUAAAACCUUACUUGAGAUCAGUUCAAGCGUUAAACAAUAAAGCAAUUAAUGAGGCAUUAAACGGUCUACUUAUUGAUGAAGAAGAUUAUCAAGGACUCAGAACAUCGAUUGAUGCGUUCGAUAAUUUUGAUAAUAUUGCACUAGCGCAACAAUUAGAAAAACAUGAAUUAAUUGAGUUUAGAAGAAUUGCAGCAUAUUUGUACAAAGGAAAUAAUAGAUGGAAACAAUCAGUAGAAUUGUGUAAAAAAGACAGAUUAUUUAGAGAUGCUAUGGAAUAUGCAGCAGAAUCUCGUAAUCCCGAAGUUGCUCAAGAAUUAUUAGAAUGGUUCUUAGAAAGAGGAUCAAAAGAUUGCUUUGCAGCGUGUCUAUUUCACUGUUAUGAUUUGCUUCAUCCAGAUGUUAUUCUAGAACUUGCAUGGAGACAUCGUAUUUUACAUUUUGCUAUGCCAUAUCUUAUACAAGUAGCACGGGAAUAUAUUACUAAGGUCGAUAAACUAGAAGAAGCUGAAAGUCGACGUAUAGAAGAAACUGAUCAUCAAGAACAUAAACCUAUGAUUAUGCCGGAACCUCAAUUAAUGCUGACAGCAGGACCAGGUAUGAUGGCACCUGGUUAUGCACCACAAGGUGUAUAUGGCGCACCACCACAAAGCGUUUAUGCACCAACUGCAGCAGCAUACCAAGCUUAUGGUAUGUGAAAUACAAUGUGCUUCAAUAAUAGAGAUCAACAAAAUCUACUUUUCUAUAAUAUCUAGGUAAAAAAAAAAAAUAUUUCAAUAGUUCACAAUUAUUAAAUGCUAAAAUGAUAUCAUGAAAAAAAUAAUUGCUGCAAAAUAAUUGUAACAUAAAUAAAAAUAAUGAAUUCAAAAUAAACAAAAUAUUUAAGCGCGAAUUUCUAGAGUUUAUGAGUAAGGUUUAUAAAAUAAUUAAUUUACUGUUAAAAUAAUUAAAAAAUACACAUUGAUCAUUAUAAAAAAUACUUAAAUAUUUUGCAAAUACACAUCAUAUAACAAAUUUUUAAACAAGAAUGCAAUAGUAAUUUUAGUAAUUCAUAUUACAUUAAAAUAUUCUAUCGAUUAAAUUGGGUUAUAUUAUAUUAUUUUAUAAAAUAACUACACAUAAUUUCACUGAUAUAUAUCCAUAUAUUGUGUACGUACGUGCCUUUAUUUAAGUAUCGAAAAAAAUUUUAGUUUAAGAUAACAUAAAAUUAACAAUCUUAAAAGAAAUACUUAUUGUAAGUUUCAAUUUAAUAAAAGUGUCACGAAAUUACAAAGUGCUUCCUUUUUAAUAAAAAAGAAGAAAAUUGGACUAGAAAAAUGUGUAAGUGACUAUUAAGAAAAACAAUAAGUACUCGAAAUUGAUAUCUAAUAAUAUCUAUCAAUGAAAAAUAAAAUGUGGUAAAAAUAUUAUUCUAUAAUUUGUAGUAAUAAAAAAGAAUCUAUUUAUUUAGAUUCAUUAAAGAUGUUGUUGUCACAAUCAAAUGUAUAAGCCUCAAAACAAUUAGUAAGAUAAAUAAAAUGAAUGGCAUAUAUCAGUACAUCAAUAUAACAACAAUUAUAACAAUAAAUAAAAUAAUAAUAAAAAACAAAGCUGAAAACUUUGUAAACUGUAUGUAAUGUAUCUAGAAAUUUAAAUAUAAUAAAAUAUAAAAUAUGUUUGUAUGCCUAUCAUUAUACAUUUAAGUUUAAUAUCUGUGUGUGUUAUUGUUGUGGCAUGGAUAAUAACAAAUUUAAUAGCAUUUGUUCAGAUAAGUAUAAGCAGUCAAUGUGAAAUAUAGAAUAGUAAUAUUAUAUGCUCUUCUAAAAAAAAAAAAAAAAAAGAAAAAGAAUAAUACUGAAGGUAGCUCUCUGAUAUAUUCUUAUUAGACAGAGAAAGUAUUUAUUCCGUUGAAAACAACAAACUUUAUAACGAUCUCGUCAUAUUGAUGUAUGGAUAUAUGUAUCAAGACUUGUUUAUGCUGGCUUACAAUAUUAUUUUAUCUUUUUUUUUUUAUACAUAUUAAAUUAAAAUAUCGUAACAUUUGUAAAAGUUCGAAAGUGUUAUAAAGUAUAUACAUUAAGUAAUAAUUUUGUUUCUUUUUAUUAACGUGUUCAGUUUUUAGAAAUAUAAUUUCAACUUUUUUUUUUAUAUUUGAUUUAUACAAUAUAUGUAUAGUAUUCUAUUUGGAUGUAUUGUUCGUUAUAUCAUUGUAUUAAUGUAUAAUGAAAUUAUGAUACAAGUAUUAAUGCAAAUUGGGUAGUCAGAGUCCAAUGUAUAUGUAGAAGAUAUGACAGAAUCGUAUUUGUUGACGUUUCUGCUCGUUAAAUGAUUCAAAUUAUCUGUAUAAAAUGCUUUACUAAUAAAUCAGGAUCAAUGUAAAAGAUAUAUUAGAAAAAUAGUAUUUUUUCUGAUAUAUCUUAUAUUCAAUGUUCCUAAAAUCCUACAUUAUUGCAUAACAUAUUUCAAGUGACAUUUUCUUUUGUCACAUAUUUCAAAAGGAACGUGAAAUAUAUACUUAUAAAUUAUUCUCAUUAUUCAUAAAUAUAAAACGAAAGUUGGAAAUUAAAAAAUUAUAAUAUUAUAAUGAUAUUAGAAAAAUAUAUUAUUAUACAAAUAUUUGAACAACAGUUUUUAUUGCAAUAGUAAUAUUAAUUAUUGUCACUUUCGUUUGAUAUUUAAUGAUUGCAGUAACUUUAGCUGCAUAUAUUAAAUAAAAAAUGUUAAAAUUAGAAGAUAUAAAGAAAAAUCUGUAACAUUCCCAAUAAUCAUUUCACUUUCAUUGAAAGUAUAUAAUGAAUGAAAUUGUAGAUUGAAAAUUGUAUCUAAUACUAUUCUGUAAACAAAUAGUAAUGUAAUUGUAUCAUUGUUUGGAUAUUGUGAAUUAAAAUAAAAUAUUAAUAAAUUUAGAAA